AAAACAUCGCGUCUUGAGGGAAUGGGAUUUGCUUCAAGAAUGGUUUUGUUUUCAUUACCCUUUAAUACGACAUUUCGUUCCUUCCCUUAUUCUUGCCUAACAAACAAAGGAGUAAUUAAGCGCGAUCUGCCGAAGAAAUUCAGAAGCUAAAAAGCGAAAAGUCUAAAAAAACAAGAAUGUGAUAUUACGUCUAUAAUAUGAAUAUGAUCAUCUCUCGUAUUUCUCUCUCGAAACCCUAGUUCAGCGAUGAUAACUGUAAGGCGUCUAUUUCUGUGUUUGCUUGUUGUAUCGGGUUUGGUCGUCGUUUUACUACAUAGAUAUGCGACAAAAGUAGGUACUGAUUACCGGUCGGAGUGGAACCCGUUGCGUCAUAAGGACCAACGGAUAUCUUUGGGUGAGAAGAUAGAUGAUCUCGUGGAGCUUUCUUAUCCUAUUAGUCAACAAGAAGCUGGUCUCAUGGUGUCAUGGGGAUGGUACAAGACGUCUAUGGGACAAGAAAGGGCCGAUGCACUUGAGGAGAUAAGGGAGACUUUAUAUGAGCGAGCGAUGGUGGAUUUCCAUGUGCAUAUGAUUGGUGUGCUUUUGUUUGGCUCCGUAAAAGCUUCCUCAAUCCUCUAUGCACCUGUACCACCGCGUAUGAUGGAUGACUCUGAGUGUACCAUAUCCAGGAUAGAAUUUUUUCACGACCACUGUGGGAUGGUGGCCGACUAUGGAUCCAACAUUAGUUUGGCUAUUACAAACAUAUGCCAUAGGCUCGUUGGGAAGGAAGAGUUUGAGGAAGCUUGUAUAGAUACCUGUGGUAACAAGAAUAUUAUACCCACAGGUGACUAGAUUAUUAUUUUUUUGAUUCAUGUUGCAAGGCUAUCUGAGUACAACUACG